AUAUAACAAUUUCCUUAAAAGAUAAUUAUCAUAAAUCUUUUAUUUGUGUAGCCUGUUUGGGAAAGAGGCAUCGUGUCUAUCCAAGAACUCAUUCAACGAUUGUAACUGUAGUCUACAUUAUGUGUGUGUUUGCAGCAACGAGGUCAGAUAGGCAAAAACAUACUGAGGGUGUUUCCUGUUUGAUUAACGGAACGUGCGUUAUGCAGCAUGUGUAACUUUACACGAUCCAUAAAUAAACCACGAUGAGCAGUUCAGCUGACAUCUGUGGGUGCUGGUGGUUUAGGGAGGGGGGCAGAGGACUGAGUGCUGACGACAGACUGAAAUUAAAAAAAAAAAAAAAAAGAAAGAAAAGAAAGGUGGAAGUGAAAGUGUGACAGUCACUCUGUAACACAUCAAUCAGAGAUGGAUAAGUUUAAGACGGUUCUGAACAUUGCCAACAAGCAGUCCAACCUUGGUUUCGGCUUGGUCGCCCUACUGACAGCUGGAGGGGAGCAGAUCUUCUCCUCAGUGGUGUUCAGGUGUCCCUGCAAUGAGCUGAACUUCCUGUACGGCAUGGUGUUCUUGCUGGUGCCCGCGCUGGCUCUGCUGCUGCUGGGUUACAUUAUGAGUAAGAAGACGUGGAAGCUGUUGACGGGUCUGUGCCAGCGCAGAGCCAAGCUGUGCCGCUGGAGGUCCUUGACAACCUGCGGCAUGGUCAUCUUCCAGAUCAGCACCACCGCGAUGGUGGCUCCAUCCUGCUGGAUCGCUGUGGCUCUGCUCAACGGGAACUAUUUUGAGUGUGUGAUGACUGGCACCAAUAUUAGCGCUUACAAUAAGCAUCUGUGUGGAGACAGGAACUCUCAGGUCCAGUGUCAGAAAGAGCUACACGCGCUCCCCUGCGUGAGAGACAGCAGUGUCCCGCGGGCUGACAGAGAGGAUGUGCUGUUCACCCUGAGAGCUCAAUCUCAGAUUCUGGGUUGGAUGCUCAUCGCCUCCAUCAUGUUGUCCAACCUGCUGCUGACCUGUAUGGCUCGGUGCACCUCCCCCAUCAGCUACAAGCAGCUCAAGUUCUGGAGGGCAUAUGCUGAGGAGGAGAGCAACCUGAUGGAUUCAUACUCUGCUAAACAUGCUAAGGAGCUUGCAGAGAGAAACCUGAAGAGCUUCUUCAAACAGACACCACCUGAAGACAUCAUCACCCCCUCCAACAAGGACUGGGAGAAGAUCUCCCACCUCUACAAGUUUAGCACCAAAGACCACUACUACAGCACAUUACACCAGCAUGUGGAGAACUGCCAGGAGACUGAAAACAGUAUGAUAAGAAUGGUUUCGGUCAAGUCAAGCGAGCCUGCUGAUGACAAUCCUGCUGUUCUUAAUUUUGUAGAUGAUGGCGUGAUGGCACUGUGAGGAGGAACAUCUGCUGCAUCUUUCAGCAUUAGUGUUGUCUCUGUGAGUUAGACCCGUUUAUUUAUAUAUGGGUUAUACUGAUAUCAUCAGUAACAUGUACACAGUGGAGCUCUGGCUCUGAGUAUAUAUACCAAAGAACCAAGGGGCGGUGAGGGAUGAAAGACUUUGUAUGGAAAGAGGCCACUGAGGAGUCACCUGACAUUUUGCCCUUUAGGUUAUUAGGUUAUGUAUUCAGUAGUCUAGCCAUACAACAGCUCCUUGACAAAGAAAUCACAAAAACUUUCUAUUUUUAUAUGAAGUAUUUUAUAUGAAGUAUUACAUUUUUAUAUGAAGUAUUACAUGGACAAUAUGUAAGAAAAGAAAAACUCAAUUGAAUCCAAAAUUCUUCGAGAUUCCACCACACAUUUUAUUCAAACCAUGACCAAAAUUCAAGGUCAGGUCUGUAACUUUGACAGCAUCAUGUCAUUUGACAUGCAACAAUGCCUGUAGCACAUACCAGAUGUUCCACACAGAAGAAGUAGUGAAGGUAGGACAGAAGCCGGAUGUGUUGAUCAGGGGAGGUAGCUAAAUAACAUUUCUGUAUUUCUGAAGAGCUGAUGUGGAUCAAAACCAGGAAAUAAGUCAGUGGUACAUCCCCAAGAGUUGAUGUGAGUCACAUAGCCUAUGCCAACACACUGCUGGUGUGUGGGUUUACAGAAAACGAUGUAUUUUGAAAUGCAUGGUGGUGUUGCCCUUUAUAUGCUACAGCCAUCCCAGCAGUCACUUGUGUAUCAGUCUGUGUGGGUUUGAACAGGAAAUGUGCCAUCUCCACACAGCUGACCACUUCCUGUGAGCUGCUGGUAGACUGCAUACAUACAUGCAUACAAUCAGCACAGCGAUCAAAUAACAGUAUUUCUUUUAAACAUGUGACCCCCUGUACACAUUCAUUGUGCACUUAAAAAGGCAAACUGAUAAUGAUGGUGUUAGUACCAGCAGUAGUAGAUAAUGAUGGGUUCCAUAUGUGUAGAUGGUGUUCUGGUCCUGGCUGCAUUAACAACUUCCUGUAAAUGCACUCUACAGUGAUUUAGUCACUGUUGUGGGAAUAGAACAGAAAAACCACUAAGAGGAUGUGAUCAUUUCUCCUCUGUACUCUGCUGAUGCUUACUGUCUCUCUGUAACAAUGGUAUGUCCUCUAUGGAAACAUUUCAAUAGAAUGAAUGCUCUCUUUCAUGAUUUACUGUAUGCAUGGGUUUCCUCUUUGCAUUUUUUGUCUUUGUACUGUGUGAGAAAGAUGAAAAUGUGUUGGUUUCAUCAUUGUUUAAUGCAUUUAAUUAUACAUCUGACAUGCAGAAUUGAGACUUGUUUUUUGUGUGUCGUGAGUGCAUGUGCAUGAAGAGAGACAAAUCAAGUUGUUAUACUUCUCAUUUCAUUAAAAUGAAUGACUACUUCUCAAAUGAAUAGACACAGAAGCAUGACACA